AUGAAGUUUUUUGUAAGCAACGUUAGACCAAAUGAAGACCAUAAAUGUCUAUUAAUCUUAGACAAUCAUGCUUCUCAUAGGUCUAUUGAUGUCCUUGAUUAUGCCUCUCAGAAUAAUGUCACGACACACAAGCUCCAGCCGCUAGAUGUGUCCGUUUAUGGCCCUUUCGGAACUUAUUUCCAAAAUGAAAUUGACAAGUGGCAAAAAGCGCAUCCUGCACAACGCGUUACGUUGUUUGAUGUAGGCAAAAUUUUUAAUAAUGCCUACCUUAAAGCUGCAACACCAACAAACGCUAUAAAAGGUUUCGAAAAAACUGGCAUUGCAAGAUGUGAUUUAGAUGUUUUUUCCGAAGUGGACUUCCUUCCAGCAGAUGUAACUGACAAUGAAGAACCAGAGGUCCGUAUUAACCAUAAUCCUCAAGAUAUGGAUGUUAUUGAAAUUGGACCGCCCAAUACAUCUGCCCAUAAUGAUAUCGCAAAACCUGAACCUUCUGGUCUCAAUAAUAGUACGACCUUAAAACAAGCUAGUGACGCUCCAAAAGGAAAUAAUCGCAUUAAAAUUAUUGAUAUUCAUAUUAUACCUAAAUGUGAUAAACGAAAAGAACCCAAAAUAAAAAGGAAUCAACAGAAAUCAGAGAUUUUGACUUCUACGCCAAUUAAAGAAGAAAUUAGAGAAAAAAGUAAGAGCAAAGAAUGUGUCAAAAGCGUUAGAAGGAAGAUCCAACAAGAGACAGAUUCCAGCAAACUGAAAAUACCUCGUCCACCUUCACCACCGAAAACCGCUCCAGAUGAAGAAGAAACUCCAUGUUUGAUAUGUGACGAUUCCUUUGAAAACUCCAUUCCAGGCGAACACUGGAUACAGUGCAAUUUCUGUGAGAAGUGGGCACAUCAGAAAUGCACAAGCUACAAGACUGGAAUUUAUAUUUGUCAAGAUUGUCAAAAUCAGGUCAAAGAUCAGAGAACAUAA